GAAUGGUGACGUGUAAGAUGCACACUUGAUAUAUAGGGACAGCAGGCAGUCAUACAUCUCAUCAUCCACGUUGAUAGAGCUACAUGACCUAACAAAAUGUGUGGCGCAAGUCUACAUCAAGCAUGUGCUCUGCCGUACCAUUGCCACACCUUUCCCUCGCGUCUGCAACCAUUGUUCAGGCUGAAUGCCAGAGAUCUCGGAGAACAUGACAAGCGAGCUCACAUCGUGGCUGCGGGUGCUAGCAGUGGCGAAGGAACAUGGUGGUCGUAUUUUUUUCCGUGGUAGCUUAGUGCUCUAAAUUUCAAUUCACUUCUACACUUUUGACGCACAACAUGUUACGAGUUUUAUUAUUUGAGAAUGAAUUGACUCAACCACACCUUAAUUUUUAUCCGUCCUCGCAUUGGGUAGAUAUAUAUAAGACAGGACAUGGCAGGUAGUAUAAAGAAAGUGAUGACGUGACGUGGACUGGACUGGGAGAUUCCUGACUUCGAAGUUUUACACGCAGCUGACUACCCUAUAAAUGGAGGGGGAACCGGGCGUUUCUAAGUACCCGUAAUCCCAUUAUCUGUUCCAGAAGAAAAAUGUACUCCUGAUCGCUCGCAGAGCAAAGACCCUUGCACUCCAUUGCGUCUUUUAGGUUGUCGCAGUCGCAGCCCGGGGCAAAUAAGCCAUGGCCGGAGCAUGGACGGAGCACGGCAGCGGCCUGCCGGCGCUGGGGUGGUGGCUCAUCGCCGUCGGCGCCUUCCGCUCCGCCUACACCUGGUCCUGCUUCUUCGGCUCCGCAGCGAUGUGCUCGGCCAUCUACUCCGACAUGCCGAUGACCGGCGAACAUGGGCGAACGGUCGCGGUGUGGACUCUGCUGUCGUGCACGCUGUGCUUCCUGUGCGCCUUCAACCUCGGCAGCAAGCCGCUGUACACGGCCACCUUCCUGUCCUUCCUCUACGCCCUCGGCUACCUAACCGUCGAGUGCCUGGUGUACCACACCAUCCGUGCUGCUAGACUCUCCCUGUUCACCCUCAUCGCAGGGACAUCCAUGGUUUGGAUGCUUCUUCGGUGGAACUCCAACGACCGUGGACCCCGUGCCCGUGAGGCUACCAAGCAGAAAUGAUAUAUCACGGUUCUUUUCCUGUCAAAAUAAAAUAGUGGGCGUUAUUGAAAUAUAAAUAAAUUGUCCAUCUUUUUCUAUCAGCUUAAGGUUUUGGAUUGAGUUGGUUGAUGCAUGCAACCAAAUAAUGGUAGCAGGGCUAGAGAUCUGGCGGGCGUGAUUAAAUAAAAUAAUUGCAGCGGAA